CAGAGGUAUUUUUUGUAGUCAGACUGAAGCCGAGCAGGCAGAGUGAGAACGCCAGACAGAGGGGGAAGCGGCUAACAGUUGAUAAACUACUAGAAACUAACUGGUCAAAAUGACAUCCAUGCUGAUGAACUCUCUGCGGAACUGCCCGGUGAACUGCGCCUGGGCAGUGCAGUUUGCCGCUCGCUCUCUUAGUACAUCAUCUCAAAUGCACGCAACAGCCAAGAGCAAGAAGAGCCUUGCGAAACCUGGCGUGAAGAACAUAGUGCUGGUGGAAGGAGUGAGGACUCCCUUCCUGCUGUCUGGCACCUCGUAUGCUGAUCUUAUGCCUCAUGACCUUGCCAGAGCAGCCUUACAGGGUCUCCUGACAAAGACCGGCAUCUCUAAAGACAUGGUGGACUACAUCAUUUAUGGCACGGUCAUCCAGGAGGUCAAGACCAGCAACGUGGCCCGGGAGGCAGCUCUUGGUGCAGGUUUUUCAGAGAAGAUCCCUGCCCACACUGUCACCAUGGCUUGCAUAUCUUCCAACCAGGCCAUGACCACAGGUGUGGGGCUUAUUGCAGCAGGCCAGUGUGACGCUAUCGUGGCUGGCGGCGUGGAGUUCAUGUCCGACGUUCCCAUUCGUCACAGCCGCAAGAUGAGGAAAACCAUGCUGUCCCUCAACAAGGCCAAGACUCUCGGAGCCAGGCUAUCCCUGCUCGGCUCCAUCCGGCUUGCCCACCUGAACCCUGAGCUGCCUGCGGUGGCUGAGUUCUCCACAGCCGAGACCAUGGGCCACUCGGCCGACCGGCUGGCGGCGGCAUUUGGCGUGACGAGGCAGGAGCAGGACGACUUCGCUCUGCGCUCACACGGCCUCGCCAAGAAGGCCCAGGAUGCCGGGCUGCUUAGCGACGUCAUCAGCUUCAAAGUGCCCGGUAAGGACAUUGUGUCCAAGGACAAUGGCAUUCGCCCGAGCUCCAAAGAACAGAUGGCCAAGCUGAAGCCAGCCUUCGUCAAACCCCACGGCACAGUUACCGCUGCCAACUCCUCCUUCCUGACCGACGGUGCCUCUGCUGUUCUCAUCAUGUCUGAAGAGAAAGCCUUGGCCAUGGGAUUCAAGCCGAAAGCCUACCUCAGAGACUUUGUGUACGUGUCUCAGGAUCCCAAAGAUCAGCUCCUGCUGGGGCCCACCUAUGCCACUCCUAAAGCUCUGGAACGCAGCGGACUAACCAUGGAUGACAUUGACGUUUUUGAGUUCCACGAGGCCUUUGCUGGCCAGAUCAUGGCCAACCUAAAAGCCAUGGAUUCUGACUGGUUUGCCCAAACCUACAUGGGAAGAAAAACUAAGGUGGGCACCCCUCCCAUGGAGAAGUUCAACACAUGGGGCGGUUCUCUCUCUCUGGGUCACCCAUUCGGUGCCACGGGCUGCAGGCUGGUCACCACCGUUGCCCAUCGGCUGCAGAAGGAGGGCGGGCAGUACGGCCUGGUGGCAGCAUGCGCCGCUGGAGGACUGGGACACGCCAUGGUGAUUGAAGCUUAUCCCCAGUGAAGCGGAGACAAACUGAAGCCAUUUUUACCCCCCACCACACACAUGUACGCGCUACAGAAGGAGACUCUGUAAAUAAAACCGACCGAAUUGCCUUUGAGGAGAGAACUCUCUCGCUGUACUGCUGGGACAUGGAUGUAAUUUAUGAAGGCGUAUUGUAGCCGUAAGAACACUAUGUAAGUGUUUCAGUAUGAGCCUUAGGAUGGGUACGAAGCCGCAUGCAGACAUUAAGCACUUAACUUCCGUCGGGUUAGGACAUCAAUGAUAACUUAACAGUGAUUAAUGUCACCACAAGUGCAAGUUUUUGUGCCUUCACCUAAUCUGUGCUAUGCUUCUGUUUCUUUUGUAAUGAAAUUGUGAAAAUUAUCUGAUUAAAAUAUCUGUAUUAAAAUAGUAA